UCCCCUGCCCCAGCCCAGCACGGCUCAGGCCACUGCACCGAGCAGAGCUGCAGCACAGCCAGGAGCACACCUCGGAGCAGAGAUGCUUUGCCGCCUGCACUUUAUGCCGCCCAUGUCCAGCUCGCUGUUCCCGUGGCUGGGACCCGUCCGCACCCUGUGGCCACAUCCAGGCACCCUCUUCGCCGAGCUGGAGCGGGAGAUGCGGCUGGAGAUGGAGAGAGCUCGGGAGUUCAUGAGCAGCGUGGAGCAGUACCUGAGCAGCGGGAGCAGCCCCGGGCGGUUCGGCAUCGCCCCGGAGCGUGGGGCCGGCAGCGCUGCCCUGACCCAGGGCCCUGGGGACGGCUUCUCUGUCUGCCAGGACGUGAAGGACUUCGCUCCCGAGCAGCUGUCGGUGAAGGUGGUGGGCAGGAAGGUGGUGCUGGUGGGGCAGAAGGAGACGCAGAGCACAGACGAGAAGGGCUCCUUCUCCUACAAGUACGAGGUGCUGAAGCGGGAGUGGGACGUGCCCGAGGAGGUGGAUGCCGAGGCGCUGACCUGCUCCCUGUCCAAGGAAGGACAGCUCCGCAUCGAGGCCCCCAAGCUGGCACUGCCCGCCGCUCCCGAGAGGAGCGUGCCCAUCCAGAUGGGGCCGGCGGUGGCACAGCCAGCUGGCAGCGCUGAGGAGGGAGCCGAGCGGGCCAAGGCGUGAAGAGGAGCAACAGGGACCAGGCUGAGCCUGGCUACGGGGGCAGCUGCUGGCCGCAGAGCGGGACUGGCCCGGGGGGUGGUGUCUGCCCAAAACAUGCGGCUUUUUUGAUAUGUAAUAAAUAUUCCUAACUUUUA